AUGGCGGCUUCCCUUGCCGGAUCCAAUGUCGUUGCCUUCAAAUCCGCCGCUCAUCUUGCCACCUCGGCUGAUACCAGAAUCGCUCACUUUCGGCCUUUCUCUCCGGUUUCUGCUGGAGUCGGACCUCGCAUUUCUCUCCAGUGUAGAUCGAGGAGCUCAUUUGCUUCUCCUGGUGUAAGAGCUCAGGUUGCGACUGCUGAAAAAUCGAGUGCGGAGGCGGCGCAGAAGGUGGAAUCGCCAGUAGUGAUAGUGACUGGAGCCUCUAGAGGUAUUGGCAAAGCAAUUGCUUUGUCUUUGGGGAAAGCAGGUUGCAAGGUCUUGGUUAAUUAUGCAAGGUCAUCAAAGGAAGCUGAGGAAGUUUCCAAAGAGAUCGAGGCUUAUGGUGGUCAGGCCCUCACUUUUGGGGGUGAUGUUUCAAAAGAAGCUGAUGUGGAAUCAAUGAUGAAAACUGCUGUUGAUGCUUGGGGAACUGUUGAUGUACUGAUAAAUAAUGCAGGAAUUACACGGGAUACGUUAUUGAUGAGAAUGAAGAAAUCUCAGUGGCAGGAGGUUAUUGAUCUGAAUCUCACUGGUGUAUUCCUUUGUACGCAGGCAGCAGCCAAAAUCAUGAUGAAAAAGAGAAAGGGAAGGAUUGUUAACAUAGCAUCAGUUGUUGGUUUGGUUGGCAAUGUUGGGCAAGCAAACUAUAGUGCUGCAAAGGCAGGAGUUAUUGGGCUGACAAAGACUGUUGCGAAGGAAUAUGCAAGCAGAAACAUUAAUGUAAACGCUGUUGCCCCAGGAUUCAUUGCGUCGGACAUGACUGCCAAGCUUGGAGAUGACAUUGAAAAGAAAAUACUGGAAACAAUCCCCUUAGGACGUUAUGGCCAACCAGAGGAGGUUGCAGGAUUAGUCGAAUUCCUGGCUCUUAAUCCUGCUUCCAGUUACAUUACUGGACAGGUGUUCACUAUUGAUGGAGGAAUGCGAAAAGAAGCUUCAAGCUGCUUCAUGUCUCUGGCUCAUGGCAGUCCUGCGGUUAUUAUGGCUGUCCGUGCGCUACUACUACACAGCCAAACCUUACCGACCUUUGCUUCUCCAAACUCUGCUUUCGAUGACACAGUUCUUGAAUUCAGUAUGGCUUAUUUCUUGGUGGACCUCCUUCACUACAUGGUAUUCUUCCCUGACGACACUCUCUUCAUACUUCACCAUUUAGCAACAUUGUACGUGUUUGUCACUUGUCGUUAUAUAAUUCAUCAUGGAGCAUAUGGACUUCUUCUGCUUCUCAUACUUGCCGAAGUUACAAGUGCUUGCCAGAAUGUCUGGAGCAUUGCCAGGAUCCGGAAAGCUGAUGAUCCUGCCGCGGCAAGGUUGUGUGAAUUUUUGGCUCCUCCAUUUUAUGCUUUCUACUCUAUUGCUAGAGGUGUUCUAGGUCCUGUUUGUUUGUUGAAGAUGGUGGUGUUUUAUCUAAAUGGAGGCGCUCAUGGUUUGAUACCUGGCUGGGCUUGGAUUUCUUGGAUGGUUGUUAUUGGAAGUGCAAUAUUGGUUAGCAUAUUGUGGGUUUCAAAUCACUGGGCAGACUGGAUUAGAGAGAGAGGCCAUCAAGCACAGAAGAAAGUUGGGUAG